AUGAAGCAAGAGCAGCAAUCAUCCAAAGACAGUAAAGAAAACGACAACACCUCACAUAAUCCAAAGACUAGCCCUCUGCAAUCAGCAUUCUUUCUAUCUCGCUUUGUGACAUUCUGGUGGCUAAAUCCAUUAUUUAAAAUUGCUCAAAAACGAUGCUUAGAUCAAGCUGAUCUCUUUCCUUUAGCAGAUGAGGAUAAAGCUUCCAUCAUUUCUAACAAAUUUCAAAAAAUAUGGCAAAAAGAACUGUCUAAUAGAUAUUCAAAAAAUGUCAAGCCUAGCCUCAAGCUGGCUCUAUUUAAAUGUUACAUAUUUAAUUUCAUGCUAGUUGGGAUACCUGGUCUUCUAACUGAAUGUUUUGCUAUUACACAGCCUAUAUUUAUUGGUAGGCUAGUAGCCUACUUUUCUGAUCAAGAGACAGAAAUAAGGACUAAUGCGUACUUGUACGCUAUGGGGAUUGGAAUAAGUGCCAUUAUGGCUGUGUUCUUUCAGCAAAUUUUUCAUUUUGGUGCCUAUCGUGUCGGCUGGCAGAUUCGCAUUGCGCUUUCUGCUGCUGUCUAUGACAAGACUCUUAAAUUAAAUAGCGCUGGAAUCUCCAAAAUUGGCACAGGACAUAUUGUCAAUUUACUAGCCAAUGAUGUCCAGAGGUUUAACGAUAUCAUGACCUAUUUACAUUAUAUUUGGAUAUCUCCGUUAGAAAUUAUAUGUUUAUGGGUAUUACUGUGGAUCCAAAUCGGUCCUGCCUCAACUGGUGCUAUUGUUGGUCUGUUGUUUCUACUAGCAUUUCAAGGAGUAUUUGCUAAGUUACAUGUCAAAUUUCGAGAAAAUUACUUAUCACAUGCCGACGAUAGAGUUAAGAUUAUGAGCGAGGUCAUAUCCGGGAUGCGUAUGUUAAAAAUGUACGCUUGGGAGAAAUCAUUUUGUGAUGCCAUCGAAAACCUUCGAAGGAAAGAAGUUAGCCAGGUUUUACGCGCUGCUUGUAUCCAGGCAACUAAUAUGGCAAUGUAUUUUACUUCCACAUCCUUCGUGACCUUUGUGUGCCUCAUUCUCUACGUUUUACUUGGUAAUCCACUGAAUCCACCGAUAGUCUUUACUGUUUUUUCGCUUCUAAGUGCUGUCCAAACCACGAUUAUGAUCGGUAUUCCUGAAUCAAUCCAUGCACUCGUUGAUGGAGUUGUCACGGUCAGAAGAUUAGAGAAUUUUCUCCUGAUGGAAGACCACUGUGAAGAUGAAACCAGUUUAGAUGUUCCCGACGAUUUCGCGAUCGUUACAUUUGAUAUUAGCCACGAAAAUGACGAAGACCAUGAAAAUGACGAAAAUGAUAGCAGCAAUGAGAAUGAUAUCGUGAAAAUACGCGAUGAUAGCGCUGCCAGCUCGAGAACUGUAAGUAGACCAUUGUCGACCAUAGAUAUCAGGGGUCUAGAUGGAGAAUCAAGUGAUGAUUCGGAUACAAUCUGUAUGAGCGUUCAAACCAGCCCCCAAAAAUCGCCUAAAUUGGUGAGGACUGCAAGUACAUCUACCGUUGUUGACGAUAAUAGCUGUUUAGUUGUAGAAGGUAGAACUGCAGCUGCUAUUGUUGCACUACCAAAUAAGAAGAAGAGAACCCCCUCAAGGCAACUAUCUGAUGCAGAAUACUCCGAUCGGAUUAUACAAACACUCAAAAGAAUUCAAUCGGAGCAGGCUGCCGCAAGAUCAAUAAUGAAUCGGAGAAGAUCUUCCGAUGCCGGCAUAUUAACUAAUCCGAUCAUUGCAGGUCUCGGCAGUAAUAAGAAUGAAAAAGUAUAUAGAACAAUGUCCAUGAUAGAAAGCACUGAAAACCGCUAUGCCAGCUCAUUUGAUAAUGUAGGAAAAAAUAAUAAUGAGUCUGCCGAAUCAAAAGAUAAUGAUUGCAAUGACGAUGAUACUAAGAACUAUAGGCGAGGUAAAAGGCCUUCUGUUACUUUUUUUAUCGAUGAAGAGGAUGAAUCUUAUCAGAACGAAGAUACCACUGAUGUAUCAAGAAUAAAUUCUCCAAAAUCUCUACCUAAAUCGCAAGAAUCGAAUCAUCAAAUUAAUCAUGGUCAUGACGAUAGUGGCAUUUCGAGCACUGGAGCAAAAACUACAAUGCCGAAAAGAUCGUCAUUGAAAAAGAAAGUGUUAAAUACUCAUGUUGAAAAUAUUGAAACUAACGAUUUUCCUACUAUUACUGAUAGUGACAAUAUCAAUGAUGAUUUAAGUACAGUUCCAACGCCACCUUCUGUAGUUCUGUCCCAGAAUAAUUCCCAAAAUGAGCCUAUUCAUCAACAGGAAACCAUAGCGCCAUCGACAUCGGGCGAAGAAGGCAAUAAAAGGGGAAUUUCAUUAACUGAAGCUAUUAAUAUGGCAUUUUCUAAUCAAGCAACUAAUGAAACUACGAGUAAAAGUAGUUCAAGUGUAACUACGGAAGAUCCUCCUCAAAAACACGCUAAGCGUGUUACUCUUAAGGCUAGGAGAAGGAAUGCACUAUCAAAAGAUGAUAGAAAAAUAUUCGAAUUCAAUGCCACUAAACGUAAUCGAGCAAAGGCCGAUGAAAUGGCAACUAACUCGAUAAAGAAAGCUGGCAAUCAAAUUCCCCAACAGGGUGAUAGGGCUAAUUGCGAUACAGUUCCAAAUUCUACUUCUAUUCAUCAAGAUAUUGCGUCCCCCAGGAUUCUUCGAAUUAGAAAGAAACGUAUUGACAAGAAAUAUCAAUUAAUUUCGGAAAAUGGAGUCCAAAUUCUCAAUUAUAAGCCUUAUUCUAAUGACGAUAAUAAUAUUGAGAAUAUUACGCAGAAUGGAAGUCACAUUAACCAAAAUUAUCAAUCCGAAGUAAACCAAAAUAACUUACACCCUACUUUGACUAACAACGACGGAGAAAGUAAAGUUACGGGAAAGAAAGAGGAAUUUUUGCCACGGCAAGUCCACGUAAAUAAGAAUUUUCAGCCCGAACAGAACAUGGAAGAGGAUACGAAUUUUGAUAUUAAUACUGAAUCAUUGCACGAUCACAGCGAUGAAAAUUCCGCAACGGAACCAGCUGUACAUAAAGCCGAAAAGCUAAAAGUUCGCGACGACAUAUCUGACGAAUUGCAUGCUCAGCCUGAUACGGCAACAGGUAAAAGUAAGAUAAUAUCAGAAGAGCAAGCAAAUAAGAAUUUACCAACCUGCUCUGAUGAUUACAAGGUAGUAAAUAAUGCAUUAAAUUUACCCUCAAACCCUAAUGCUAUGAUGGAACAAGACUUAAUUCCAACUGUCUCUGCAAAAGAGCUUGCAGAUGAAGAUCUUCAUAGUUCCAGUUUGCAUGGCAUAUCGUUGGAAGUACCAGCAGAUACCAACGAAAACGCAAUCCAUGAACCACCUAUAAGUAAUAUUCAUUCCGAACGGAUAAAUUCCAUGGGUGGAAAUGGCGAUCCUAGCGAUCUCAUUAAAGAAAAUAUCCGUGACAAAAACGAUGAGAUUACAGCAUUACCUGAAGGUGAAUCCUUAGAGCCAAAAGGGAAAGAAAACAAUCUACAUAGUAUGCUUCUAGUACCUGAAGAUAAACCUUCAAGAAUGGUAGAAAAUAAUUCGAAUGAUAUUCUUGCAUGGCCUAACUGUAAUACGCUAAAGGGAAUAAAAGAAGAAAUUAUUUCCAACGGCAUACUUGCAAUACCUGCAAAUGAAUCUGCUAAGACAAAUAAGAAGGAAAAUAGUUUGGACAAUAUGCUUGCAUUACCUUCAAAUGAACUUUUGAAUAGGGUAGAGAAAGAGAACAAUUUUAAUGACAAGCUCGUCUUGCGUAAAUAUAAAUCACUAGAGAGAGCAGAUGAGGAAAUCAAUUCGAGUAAUGUACUUCCGAUACCUACAAAUGAAUCUUCCAAGAGUGUUGUAGAGAAACGUAAUUCAGAUAACUUGCUUUCAUUGCCUGAAAAUGAAAAUUUGAAGAGGAUGGAGAAGGAAAAUAAAUUCGGUAGUAUACUUGCUUUGCCUAAUGGAGAAAUUUCAAAGAAAAUAGAGCAAGAAGGUAGUGUACAUGAUCAAGCAGAAUCAUGUAAUGAGCAGAAACUAAAAGUUCAGGAGUCGUUGAACCAGUCCGAAAUCGAUAAUACUAAUACCCUUCCUUCAAGGACCACCAAUGAAACGGCCAGUGAAGAAAAAGCUGUCCUUCGUAAGGAAAGGAAAGAAUCAACAAAUCCUCUCAUGCGUCGACCUGCUUUUCGAGAUGCAGCAUCUUCCUCUAAAAAAACUUUACCGUUACUUAAUGUUGCAGAUACCUUAAAGCUUCCAACAGAAAUUGAAAUGGAAGAGUAUCGUUUAUGGCAGAAUACUGACGUAGACGUAGAUACUGAGAAAAAUCAACCAGAUUCAUCUAAUUUUCAAGCUUUACAACGUGUCCGAAGAAUGUUACGAAAUAAUGUCUACAAUACCAAUGCUCCUACGCAAUGGGGUCAAGAUGAUAGGAAAACGAGACGAAAUACCAUUACAUCGGAAAUUAAUGAUACUCCUAAAAGUCGAAUUCGUUCUGUUAGCUCAGUUACUUGUGUUGGUGACGAUUGCAAGCUACUAGCUGAGGGCAUUUCUGCUGGUUGGGGCGGAGAUCUUAGCCUGCAGGAUAUUAACUUUUCUGUUCAAGGAAAUGAAUUAUGUAUAGUUGUUGGUUCUGUUGGUAGUGGAAAAUCUACUUUAUUAAUGGCCCUCAUGGGGGAAAUUCCACUGGAAAACGGACAAAUAAUAUAUGAAGGAGAUAUUGCAUAUGUUCCUCAAACGCCGUGGCUCGUUCCAGGAACGAUAAAGGAUAAUAUCUUAUUCGGAAAACCAUUUGACAAAGAGAAAUAUCGUAAAGUGAUCAGAGUUUGUACUUUAGACAAGGAUUUUCAUCGAUUACGCCUAGGCGAUGCUACUCAUGUUGGCGAGCGCGAUGAUCCUUUAAGUGCUGUCGAUCCUCAAGUUAGUCGGCAGCUAUUUGAGAGAUGUAUUUGCGAUUUACUUGGCGGUCGAUUGCGUAUAUUGGUAACCCAUCAGAUACAAUAUCUAAAAAGAGCAGAUAAAAUUUUAGUAUUAGAUAACGGCAAAUUGCAACAUUAUGGGACAUAUGAAGAAUUAGUUGGUAAAGGCAUUGAUUUUCUAUCUUAUGUGAAGACUGAUGAAGAAGAUAAACAAACUGAAAGUUUGUCUGUUAGCAAUCUAACUGUGCCAACACGAGAAAGGCGAUAUACAAUCUCUGCAAGACAUAUGACUGGAAUAACUAAUAAUGAACCUCCUCAGGAAUCGGUUCAAACUGAAGAUAGGAUAGAAGGCGUUGUGCCACUCACGACUUACUACUUUUUCUUUAAGGCUGGCUUUGGAUUAGCUACCCUUAUUAUGUUUAUACUAAUAUGCGCUAUUAGUCAAACGAGUACAAUUUUUUGCGAUUGGUGGCUCUCGCAGUUGUCGGAUCAAUUCACGCGGUUACCAGAUAACCUAACCAAUGCAGAAAAAAUUGCUUCUGUCACACUCUUUGAUCUUCAUAUCGGAAGUAUAAUAGGAAUCUACUCAGCUUUGCUAAUAUGUUCACUCCUAUUAGCGUUAGGUCGAUGCCUAAUGUCUACUACUACUACCGUUAAUGCUGCUAAAAGUUUUCAUGAUAAAAUGUUGCAAUCUGUUGUUCAAACACGGAUGCAAUUUUACGACACUAAUCCAGCAGGUCGGAUAAUAAAUCGCUUUUCCAAAGACGCAGCGGCAAUGGACGACAAGAUUCCUGUUUCAUUUCUGGGAGCUACUCAGUGCUUUGUAGUGUGCAUCGGAGUUAUUAUCACAACGGCAAUAGUCAAUCCAUGGGUCUUAAUUCCAGCUGUUGUAUUGACAGUGGUCUUUAUCUUCCUCAGAAAAUUUUAUUUAAAUCUAUCACGAGACAUAAAGCGACUAGAAUCAAUAAAUAAUAGUCCAAUCUACGAUCAUUUAUCCAUAACUCUUCAAGGAUUACCGAUUAUAAGAGCGUUUAAUGCAGAGAAGAGAUUUCAAGACAACUUCUUAGAUUAUAUGAACGUACAUACACAGACUUGGAUAGUGUUUGCAGGAUCGAUGCGAUGGAUUGCAUUCCAUCUCGACUUAGUUAGCAGUUUAUAUAUUGGUGGGGUUGCCUUCGCGUCUCUGAUUGUAUCUGAUCACAUAGAUCCAGGUUUGAUUGGCCUAUCGCUUAGUUAUUCGCUGAUUUUACUUGGUAAUCUACAAUGGAGUAUAAGACAGAGUGUUGAAUUGGAAAAUCAGAUGACCUCAGUCGAAAGAAUACGAGAAUAUAUUAAAUUGCCAUCAGAGGGAGACUUGGAAACAAGCAAAGAUCCAUCCGCUAGCUGGCCGGAAUAUGGCAAUAUUAUUUAUGAUAACUUAUCAUUUGGUCAUGGUAAAAAUUUACCCAAUGUUCUUAAAAACAUAUCUUGUACAAUUUUGGGUCAAGAAAAGAUCGGUAUCGUUGGUCGAACAGGAGCUGGUAAAUCAUCAUUUAUUGCUGCCCUUUUCCGUAUAUCUGAGCCGGAAGGGAGUCUAAUAAUUGAUGGUGUUGAUUGUAAGAAAAUUGGACUACAUUGCUUACGCAGUAGAAUCUCAGUUAUUCCACAGGAGCCAGUCUUCUUUACUGGGACAAUCAGAACCAACCUAGAUCCUGGCAAUAGAUACUCUGAUGAACAGUUAUGGGAUGCGCUAGAGGAGGUACACAUGAAAGAAUUUAUCUCGACACUUCCUGGUAAUGUGCAUGCACUAGUUACAGAAGCUGGUAGCAAUUUUAGUAAUGGGCAGAAGCAACUUUUAUGCUUAGCAAGAGCUAUCCUAAAAAGAAAUAGGAUACUUGUUAUUGAUGAAGCAACAGCAAACGUCGACUUUAGGACUGAUAGCAUUAUCCAGGAUUCAAUAAGGAGAAAAUUUAAGGAAUGUACAGUAAUUACAAUUGCUCAUCGCCUUAAUACAGUCAUUGAUUCAGAUCGGAUUAUGGUUUUAGAUGAUGGAAGAAUAGCUGAGUUUGCAGCUCCAUUUGCACUGCUAUUAAGAGAAGAUAGUUUAUUUAGUAAAUUGAUACAACAAACCGAUAAAUGUGAAUUAGAAUAUUUAAUUGGACAAGCAAGAAAAUCCUAUCAUGAAAGGCAUAGGAAAUCGGUAGGGGCUUUUAUGCCGAUGAUAAUGGACGAUUUGAAUAAAAGUCAAAAAGGUGUUAUAGCCAAGGAAAAUUUUGUAAUCAAAGAUUACAGUGGCAAUAACGUAUCAUUCACAGUCUCAAUCGAAGACUGCUAA